CGCAAGGCAUUUCGGGAGCGGGAUUGUUUCGCGCAGGAAGCAGGCUCCAUUUUAGCGCCGCCCGCCGUCGCCAUCUGUUUCUCUCUCCUCCCCCUUGUCUCUGUGGUGGCCGAACCGCAACAGAAAGGCUGCAGCCUGUACCGUCCGAGGCCAGAGAGCCAGGCGGGAAGAGAACCAGAGGAUCGGAGGAAGGGUGCGUGUCGGAGCUGAGCGGAGCAGGUCAGGUCGAAGCGCGCGGCCCGCCGGACGGACUGACGGACGGACUCGUGCGCCUGCGGCCGCGGCUGCGGCGCCCGCGCGACUCGCGUCCCGGCGGCGGCGACGGCGGCGGCGGCGGUGGCGGCGGCGGAAGCCGGAGGGCAGCCAUGGCGGCCGACAGCCGGGAGGAGAAAGAAGAUUGCCAAGACUGCUCCAGCUGGUUGUUUUCAGAUGGGGAACUUAAUGUUUUAGAUGAUAUUUUGACUGAAGUACCAGAACAAGAUGAUGAACUGUAUAAUCCAGAGAGCGAACAAGAUAAAAAUGAGAAAAAAGGAUCAAAAAGAAAAAGUGAAAGAAUGGAAUCUACUGAUACCAAGCGACAAAAGCCUUCCAUCCAUUCAAGACAAUUGAUUUCUAAGCCACUAAGCUCAUCUGUUAGCAAUAAUAAAAGAAUAGUUAGUACAAAAGGAAAGUCGGUUACAGAAUAUAAAAAUGAGGAAUAUCAAAGAUCUGAAAGGAACAAGCGUCUAGAUGCUGAUCGAAAAAUUCGUCUGUCAAGCAGCUCCUCUAGAGAACCUUACAAGAAUCAACCAGAAAAAACUUGUCUACGGAAAAGGGAUUCUGAAAGAAGGGCCAAGUCUCCUACACCAGAUGGUUCUGAGAGAAUUGGGCUUGAAGUUGAUAGACGUGCAAGCAGAUCCAGCCAGUCUUCAAAGGAAGAGGUGAACUCUGAAGAGUAUGGCUCUGACCACGAGACAGGAAGCAGUGGUUCUUCUGAACAGGGCAACAACACUGAGAAUGAGGAGGAAGGAGGGGAAGAAGAUGUAGAGGAAGAUGAAGAGGUAGAUGAAGAUGCAGAAGAUGAUGAGGAAGUGGAUGAAGAUGCAGAGGAGGAGGAGGAAGAGGAUGAAGAGGAAGAAGAGGAAGAGGAAGAGGAGGAAGAGGAAGAAGAAUAUGAACAGGAUGAGAGAGAUCAGAAGGAAGAAGGGAAUGAUUAUGACACCCGAAGUGAGGCCAGUGAUUCUGGUUCUGAGUCUGUUUCCUUCACAGAUGGAUCUGUCAGAUCUGGGUCAGGAACAGAUGGAUCAGAUGAGAAAAAGAAGGAAAGGAAGAGAGCUCGAGGCAUAUCACCCAUUGUCUUUGAUAGAAGUGGCAGCUCUGCAUCAGAGUCGUAUGCAGGUUCAGAAAAGAAGCAUGAGAAAUUAUCAUCUUCCGUUCGUGCUGUCCGAAAAGAUCAAACCAGUAAACUCAAAUAUGUCCUUCAGGAUGCAAGAUUUUUCCUCAUAAAGAGUAACAACCAUGAGAAUGUAUCUCUUGCCAAAGCAAAGGGUGUAUGGUCCACAUUGCCUGUAAAUGAGAAGAAAUUAAAUCUUGCAUUUAGAUCUGCAAGGAGUGUUAUAUUAAUAUUUUCUGUCAGAGAAAGUGGAAAAUUUCAAGGUUUUGCCAGAUUGUCUUCAGAAUCACACCAUGGUGGAUCUCCUAUACAUUGGGUGCUUCCAGCAGGAAUGAGUGCUAAAAUGCUUGGAGGUGUUUUUAAAAUUGACUGGAUUUGCAGGCGUGAAUUACCCUUUACUAAGUCAGCUCAUCUCACCAAUCCCUGGAAUGAACAUAAGCCAGUAAAGAUUGGACGUGAUGGACAGGAAAUUGAACUUGAAUGUGGAACUCAGCUUUGUCUUCUGUUUCCCCCUGAUGAAAGUAUUGACUUGUAUCAGCUCAUUCAUAAAAUGCGUCACAAGAGAAGAAUGCAUUCUCAGCCUCGAUCAAGAGGACGUCCAUCCCGUCGAGAACCAGUCCGGGAUGUGGGAAGGCGUCGACCAGAAGAUUAUGAUAUUCAUAACAGCAGAAAGAAACCAAGGAUUGACUAUCCCCCUGAGUUUCACCAGAGACCAGGGUAUUUAAAGGAUCCCCGAUACCAGGAAGUUGACAGUUUCACAAAUCUUAUUCCCAACAGACGAUUUUCAGGAGUUCGCCGAGAUGUGUUUUUAAAUGGGUCCUACAAUGAUUAUGUGAGGGAAUUUCAUAACAUGGGACCACCGCCCCCUUGGCAAGGAAUGCCUCCUUACCCGGGAAUAGAACAACCUCCACACCAUCCUUACUACCAGCACCACGCCCCACCUCCUCAAGCCCACCCCCCUUACUCAGGGCACCAUCCGGUACCACAUGAAGCAAGAUACAGAGAUAAACGAGUACAUGACUAUGAUAUGAGGGUCGAUGAUUUCCUUCGCCGCACUCAAGCUGUUGUCAGUGGUCGGAGAAGUAGACCCCGAGAAAGAGAUCGGGAGCGUGAGCGAGACCGCCCUAGAGACAACAGAAGAGAGAGAGAGCGAGACAGGGGCCGUGAUCGAGAGAGAGAGAGAGAAAGAAUAUGUGAUCGGGACAGAGACCGAGGGGAGAGAGGUCGCUAUCGAAGAUAAUGUGUUUUUAGAAGCACUGACUGAAGAUAAACAAAUAUUGUAUUUUUUUUGUGUGUGUUUACAAGUAGUAAAUUUAUUUUCAGCUGUCUACUUAAAGCUCAUUGUGUAGAAGGAUUUAUUAUCACUUUUGUUCCAAGCAUGCAGUAGAAUAAGAACUGGAAAACUCAGAUCCGCCAAAAAAUGCACAGUUGACAGUUGAGUUGACACUUUUAUUGGGGCAGAAUGGAACAGUCCAAGAAUGUAGAUAUUGAUUCAUUCUCCAUAAAUGUUCUUUUUACAGUGUAUUCAUCCUAGAGUUAUUUUGUUUGUUUGUUUUCCUUCUUUUGGACCUUGGUCAAUAACUGCCAUAGUAUUUUGCUUUGUGUUUCUAUAGGUAGCUGCACACGGUUCAGAAAAAUAAUGCUGCUAUUGAGUAUGCAAAUAUAGAAGUAUGAUGGUUUGACUACGUGGCAGUGUUGUAGCAGCCUCUGGUUUUUCCUUUUUCCUUUUUUUUAAACCUAUAAAGUCACUUUUUUUUAAGUCUUCAAUGAUGAGAGCAAUAUUAAGAAGACAUUGCUAUCUAAUUUUUAAUCUUUUUAAAAUAAAAGUUCCUAUGUUCAGUAGCAUGGUUGAUGCUAUUGUUUAGCCUUCCUUCUAAACUGUACAUUGGCUUGGAAUGUUCACAGUUGUUGCGUGUGUGGCAGCAGAAGAUAACCCCACAUUCUACAUUGCUACUGUUUUGUAUGAAAUAAAUUGGUAAAGAUUGACACUAA